CCUAUAACUACAGGCAGCAGCUUUACCACCGAUAUCAUCAGGCUUUGCUUCAUAGAAGCAGAAAGGAAAAUAACGUCUUGAAUUGCUGACAGGGGCUGCAGUUUGUCAAUCCCGCAACAACAACAACAACAACAACAACAACAACAACAACAGAAGGGCCCUAUUUUCCCCGUCGUACAACCUGCGACUUGCCUCGUCCUGUUCAAGCGAGUCCGACGCAACCCACCGUGUGGUUCCAUCAUCGGCGCGACCGACCACUGACUAGUGACCGACCACCCUAUCUCCUGGGACUCUGCCCACUAGCACACUAUCAUACUACCAAGCCAGAGACACCUCGUGAAGCACUCGCCAUGGGCCUUCCCUGGCGUUUCAUGUCCAUAAGCUCUCUGGCUACCGCCAUCUUCCUGGCCUCCCAGCAUCCGCACCGCUCAAAAUGGGAUUUCCUGGCCACCUUCACGGCCACCUGGUCCCUUUUGUUCCUGGCUUGGGCCGUUUGGGCCGUCUUCCUCUGGCCCAAGCUCUUCUCUCCUCUGCGAGGACUGCCCGGGCCUGAGGGGGGGCACUGGCUCAUGGGCCAGUAUCACACCAUAAGAAGCCAGCCUAGCGGGCGCCCCCAGACAGAAUGGGUCAAUAACAUCCGCCACGACGGUCUCAUCCGCUACCUCUUCCUCUUCAACCAGGAGCGCGUCCUCGUCACGUCCCCCAAGGCCUUGGCCGAGGUACUGGUUACUCGUAAUUACGACUUUGUGAAGCCCGCCGCCGUGAGGUGGUCCGUCAGCACCAUCCUCGGCGUCGGCCUCCUCCUUGCCGAGGGCGAUGAACACAAGCUGCAGCGCAAGAAGCUCAUGCCCGCCUUCGCAUUCCGCCACGUCAAAGACCUCUACCCCGUAUUUUGGUCCAAAUCUGUCGACGGCGUCCGCGCCAUGACUGAGCAGAUCCUCACCGACUCUAACAAGACUGAUGAUGAUCCGACCUCAACAACGACCCCGCCCACCGCCAUGUCUGUCCUCGAGAUCGGCGCCUGGGCUUCGCGCAUCACCCUCGACAUCAUCGGUGUCGCCGGGCUCGGCCAUGACUUUGGCGCCAUCCGCGAUCCCGACAACCCCCUGGUCGUCACCUACCAGCGCGUCUUCAAGCCGUCCCGACAAGGCCAGCUCCUCGGUCUCCUCGGUCUUUUCCUGCCCGGCCGGCUCGUCCAGAUGCUCCCCGUCAAACGCAACGAAGACGUCGUCCAGGCCUCCCGCGUCAUCCGCUCCACCUGCCGCGACCUCAUCCGCGAGAAGAAGGAGAAGCUGGCCCAAAAGCAGCUCCCCGACAUGGACAUCUUGUCCGUCGCCCUGGAGAGCGGCACCUUCACCGACGAGAACCUCGUGGACCAGAUGAUGACCUUCCUCGCCGCCGGCCACGAGACCACCGCGAGCGCCAUGACCUGGGCCGUCUACAUGCUCUGCCUCCACCCGGACGUGCAGUCGCGUCUCCGCGCCGAGAUCCGAGCCCACCUCCCCUCGCCCGACCACCACCCGGGCUCCGACUCGGCCACCGUCACCGCCAUCGACAUUGACCGCCGCCUGCCCUACCUCUCCGCCGUCUGCUCCGAGGUCCUGCGCUACUUCGCCCCCGUGCCCAUGACCCUCCGCGAGGCCGCCGUCGAUACCAGCCUCAACGGCCAGAAGAUCCCCAAGGGCACCCGCAUCAUGCUCUGCCCGUGGGCCGUCAACAAGGACGUCUCCCUGUGGGGGGACGACGCCGGCGUCUUCAAUCCGGAUCGGUGGCUGGCGUCGUCCGGGCCGUCGGCGGCCGGCGAGAACAGCGAGGGGGACGGCGGCGGGGAGAAGGCCACGACGAGCGGCGGCGCGAGUAGCAACUACGCCUUCAUGACCUUCCUUCACGGGCCCCGGAGCUGCAUUGGGCAGGGCUUCGCCAAGGCCGAGUUUGCCUGCAUCCUUGCUAGCUGGAUCGGGCGGUUCGAGUUUAGCUUGAAGAACGAGGAAGAGUAUGACGAGAAUAAGGUGGAUAUCAAGUACGGUAUUACGGCGAGACCUGCGAAGGGGUUAUAUGUGAAUGCCACUGUGGUUGAGGGGUGGUGAAGACAUGUGUGAAAACGUCCCUGGGCAUGGCGCGGUUAAUGUUUAGAUAAUUAAGUGUAGGGGGGGGGGCGAUGUUAUGUAACGAUGAAUUAUUACGAGACGGGUUAAAUUGAUACCUAAAGGUACCUUAGGUUCUUCAUAUAUCUAGGUACCUUGUGUAUCUACUGAGUUACGAGCUACUCGGUGUCAUUUGGGAGUACUAUGUGUUUGUAUACCUAGUAUGAGGACGUACUCGGGGC